GCAAUACACACACACAAAAGAUAAAGGUUUGUUGAUCGAGCUGGACCCUUACGAAUUGAACUAUUUGUGGAAGAGAAGGAAGUUGAUUGAGAAUGAAUGAAAGAACAAAACUAAUAUUGCUGAUGUUAAGUGCCGUUUUAGCCGUGGAUGUAUACAUUUAUAGAGGAUAGGGAUCACUUUCUUUUGUGUUAUGUUUCUGAUACAGGGUGUUGACCAAGAUGGGCCUUUCCUUAGGAUCUCUCUCUCGUGAACCUGAUCAUCUUGCCACCCCGUUACUAGUCACUCCAGCUGUGGCAUCAAGUAGUUCAGAGGGAGCUGGUGGUGAUGCGAAAAUCUUGGAGACGCCCAACUUGAAAAUAUUCAGCUUUUCAGAGUUGAAGACUGCCACUAAGAAUUUCAAGACCGACCGUUUUUUGGGCAAGGGAGAGUCUGGGAAAGUUUUCAAGGGUUGGAUGGAUGAGAAGACGCUCAAACCUUCUAAGGCCGGCACUGGAAUGGCAGUUGCUAUCCAGGAAUUGUACUCAGACAAUAUGCGAGAUUCCCAAGAGCGGCAGUCAGAAGUAAAUUUUUUAGGAAGGCUUUAUCAUCCCAACUUGGCCAGGCUUUUGGGAUACUGUUGGGAGGAUGAACAGCUGCUCCUUGUGUACGAGUACGUGCAGAGGGGAAGCUUGGAGAAUCAUCUUUUUCGAAUGAAUCCUGAACCACUUUCCUGGGACAUACUACUGAAAAUAGCCAUUGGAGCAGCUCGUGGCCUGGCUUUCUUACACAAUUUAGAAAACAAUGUCACAUACAGUUGUUUUAAAGCCUCAUGUAUACUUCUUGAUAAGAACUACAAUGCAAAAGUCUCAAAAUUUGGGUGGGCAAAAUUGGGGUUUCACAGCACGGUGCACAUGGAUCGUGGGUAUGCUGCUCCGGAAUACCUUGAAAAAGGUUGUUUGUGCGAGAACAGUAUUGUGUAUGGCUUUGGUGUAGUGCUGCUCGAAAUGCUAACAGGCCUACGGGGGUUUGAUCCAAAAAGGCCCAAGGGAAAGGAAUAUCUGGUGGAUUGGUGGAAGCCAUUUCUUUGUAGCGAGGGAGAGGUGAAAGCCUUCAUGGAUGUGCGGAUGAAGGGCCAAUAUUCAUCCCAGGCUGCGUUGCAGGUAGCGCAACUAACUCUAAAGUGCAUAGCGUCUAAUCCUAAAAGCCGACCUUCCAUGGAAGAAGUUGUGGAGGCAUUGGAAGGGAUCGAAGCAAUGAAGGAAAAGCCAGAAGAAUCCGAUAUCACCUCAUGGCCAUGA